AUGAAGCAGGCAGAUCAUUGUGGGGGUUCGAAUUUGGUGACUUCGAACACUUAUGACUGGUUGCAGUAUCGUGAUGAGCUUGAUGAAAGACGUAAAGGCAGUGGUGGGAAUUUGGGUGUGCUAGAUAGCAGCUUCCCACACGACCACUGGGAGAUUCAAUACUCUGUAUUCAAACCAUUGGAAAGAUAUAAUACGAGCCUUCCUAGUCUAGAUCGAGGAAGGGCUAAACAGCACUUCUUAGACGUGGUAAAAGAAUGUAUCGAAGCUCUCAAUGUCAAAAGGAUCGAACUUAGUAGGAUUAAGACGGGAUCUAGCGGAUCGUAUUUCGUUUAUGGUACAGAGGGACAAACCCUUGGGGUAUUUAAGCCUAAGGAAGAGGAGCCUUAUGGUCCUUUGUCUCCUAAAUGGUCGAAAUGGGCUCACAGGACUUUCUUUCCCUGCUUCUUUGGUCGGAGCUGCUUGAUUCCAAAUUUGGGCUACAUUUGUGAAAGUGCUGCCUGUCUGCUAGAUCAGCGAUUACAAACCAAUUUGGUGCCUUAUACGGAUACUGUGAUAUUGGAGUCGUCAAAGUUUUAUGACAAGAGGCAAACUUGGCUAUUUUUAUGUACAGUAGAGCCAAGGAAGCAGAAGAAACUGGGCUCUUUUCAAUUGUUCUUGAAGGAUUACGUUGGUGCUGACGAGUUCCUUGAUAAAUUCCCACUUCCUGGGAUGUAUAGAGACAAUCUACCAAAGAUGAAGAAAGAUCAGAGCUCCGCCACUAGUGGGAGUUGCGAUGAAAACCUUGCGACUGUUGUAUCAACGACUCCAGAUAAGUUCGAAUGGACUGGGGCAAAUCUUACCAAAUUUAGACUGGAGCUCGAAAAACUGAUCAUCUUGGAUUAUAUUAUGAGAAAUACUGAUCGUGGUCUCGAUAAUUGGAUGAUUAAAGUCGAGCCUGUGAAUGAUGGGUUUGAGUGGGAUAUCAAGCUGGCGGCCAUCGAUAACGGGCUGGCUUUUCCAUGGAAACACCCUGACGAAUGGAGGUCAUACCCAUACGGAUGGCUCUAUUUACCGCUCCAGAUCUUGGCACAACCGUUUUCUGAAGCCACACGAUCGCAUUUCUUACCCAUACUCACGGAUGUCAAAUGGUGGGAUGAAUCUUACCGAGAAUUCACUAGCCUGUUCAGCAAGGAUUCAGAUUUCAAGCUCAGAAUGUGGAAAAAACAGUGGGCUGUCUUGAAAGGGCAAGCCUUCAAUGUUGUCGAAACACUUAAGGACCUCCGGCAAGGGCCCUUGGAGCUGGUAAGACGUACGCGGUGUCUAGUGGUAGAGGAAACCAUGCAGGUACCGACAUUGAAUCCAAUAAUGAGUGCUGCGAUAAGUGAGUCAAUGCCUCUGGAGGCAUCAUCACCAAUGGCUCUUUAUUCUACUCCAAAGGGUGUCUCAGAGCAUACGCAGCAUCUGAGUGGUAUAUCACCAGCAGCGUUCCCGUCAGCCACCAAUUGUGCAAAUCCACAUGAUCAUAAUGAAGAGCAUAUUUCAACCAUGAAAACUGUGAUUAUAGAACGUUUGCAAGUAGUUAACUCAACACCAGUUUUUACUUGGUAUUAG